AUGGCCUUAUUUGCUAGAAAAUCUGAUACAUGGUAUUUCGAUAGUGGUUGUUCAAGACAUAUGUCUGGUGAUAAAUGUUGGUUUCCAAAUCUGAAUACAGAGUGUGUGGAAGGCUUUGUGACAUUUGGAGAUGGAAGUAAAGGUAAAAUUUUAGGGAAAGGAGAUGUUGAGACACUUGGCUUACCAUUCUUGAAAAAUGUCAUGUUGGUGGAAAAUUUACAGGCAAAUUUGAUAAGCAUCAGUCAACUUUGUGAUGAUGGUAGCAGCGUGUGGUUUGAUAAAGAUCAAUGUUAUGUUGCUGAUUUUCAAGGGAAGAAGGUUAUGAGUGGCAUGAGAUCCAAAGAUAAUUGCUAUUGUAUUCAGGUGAAUGAGAACAAAAGUCUUGUGUGCAAUCGCGCUACUGAUGACGUGAUGGAACUGUGGCAUAGAAGACUUGGUCAUAUAAACUUUCGUGAUCUCUUGAAGCUGUCCAAGAAUGAGUGUGUCAGAGGUCUGCCAAAGCUGAGUGGUAAGUCUGCAGGAGUGUGUGGUGCGUGCCAAUUAGGUAAGCAAGUCAAGAGUGCUCACAAAAGCAUAUCCUACAUAUCAACAUCCCAACCAUUAGAUUUGCUGCAUAUGGAUUUAGUUGGUCCCAUUCAGACUGAGAGCAUAGGUGGAAAGAAGUAUAUGUUGGUGUUGGUGGAUGACUUUACUCGGUUUACUUGGGUUGAUUUUCUUCGUGAAAAAUCUGAUGCAUUUAAGAGUUUUCGUGGCCUAUGCAACAAAAUUCAGAUCGAGAAAAAUGCUUCACAUGUUACUGUCAUGAGACUUCGAACAGACCAUGGAACAGAGUUUGAAAAUAUAAGCUUUGCUGAAUAUUGUGAAGAGAAAGGAAUAAAGCACGAAUUUUCAGCACCUAUUACACCUCAACAUAAUGGGGUGGUUGAGAGGAAGAAUCGCACCUUGCUUGAAAUGGGACGUGUGAUCUUGACAAGUGCUAAGAUAGCGAAGAAAUUUUGGGCAGAAGCUAUUAGCACAGCAUGUUAUACAGCAAAUCGUGUAUAUCUUAGACCGGGCACAACUUCAACUCCUUAUGAGCUUUGGAAAGGGAGAAAACCUAACAUAAAGCACAUGAGGGUUUUUGGGAGCGUCUGCUAUAUUUAUAGAGAUAGAGAAAACCUAGCAAAGUUUGAUACAAGAAGUGAUGCUGGCAUCUUUUUGGGUUAUUCUCUCACUAGCAGGGCUUAUAGGGUGUUUAACAAGAGGACAUGUACGGUAAUGGAAUCAAUUAAUGUUGUUGUCAAUGAUACUGAUAUGUCAUUUGGUUCUUGUGCAGAUGAUGAUGAAGAUAUUAUUCCAGCAGCUCAUAGGCAAGAAGAAAAGGACAAGGUGGCUAACAUUAAUGAUGAAGUGCAUGCAGAAGAAGAUAUGUUUUCACCUCCUCUUAGACCUGGUGCUCGGCAAGUCCAAAAGGACCACACACCAUCUGAUAUUAUUGGAGAUUUAAAUGAUCAAAGAAAGACAAGAAGCCAAGUCGUUGCGGAGGUUACACCGAUGCCGAUUGGGCUGGAAACGUUGAUGAUAGGAAGAGCACAUCUGGAGGCCGAAGCGGAAUACAUUGCUGCUGGAAGUUGUUGCACACAACUACUAUGGAUGAAGCAAAUGAUGAGUGAUUACGGCAUUCAUCAAGGUACUUCAACUCUUUUUUGUGAUAAUCUGAGUGCAAUAAAUAUUUCCAAAAAUCCGGUUCAACACUCACGAACAAAACACAUAGAUAUUAGGCAUCAUUUUAUUCGUGAAUUGGUGGAAGAAAAGGUGAUAUCUUUGGAGCUUGACUCAGGUUCUCCCAAAGUAGCCGGACCUCUUACCUAA